AUGCAGUUCCUUAACGCAAUCCUCAUCUUUGCCUCCCUCGCAGUUGCUGCGGAUGCGGCCGCUAUUGAGUCGAGAGCCGCUCCUAGCCCGUGCUACUCUAACCAGAAGUUGACCUGGAACACUGGCCAGAUCCCCGGCGAUGGUGGAUGGAUUUGCUACGAAACCCCAUCCGGACCCUGCACGAAAUACUCCUGGAAGACGGACCUUCCUUACUACAGCUGCACCUAA